ACACAAACACACACUCACACAACACUCCAAUCUUCGCACUUCACAUUCUCAUCACAAUACCAGCAAUGUCUACUCUGAUCGUGCCACCCCAUGUCCCUUCUGUUGCUGAUGACUCUGAACAACUCCACAAAGCCUUUGAAGGAUGGGGAACAAAUGAACAUUUGAUUAUAUCAAUUUUGGCUCAUAGGAAUGCCGGCCAGCGUAGGGCCAUUCGACAUGCUUAUGCUGAGACUUAUGGGAAAGAUCUCCUCAAAGACCUAGACAAGGAGCUUUCCAGCGAUUUUGAGAGGUUGGUUCUGCUUUGGACAUUGGACCCUCCUGAACGUGAUGCAGUUUUGACCGAUGAAGCUACGAAGAAAUGGACAAAAAGCAAUCAGGUUCUUGUGGAGAUAGCUUGUACAAGGCCAUCAAAAGGAUUGAUUUUGGUCAGGGAAGCUUAUCAUUCUCGUUUUAAGAGAUCCCUUGAAGAGGAUGUUGCAUAUCACACAACUGGGGACUUUCGUAAGCUCCUGUUGCCGCUAGUCAGCUCAUAUAGGUAUGAAGGUGAUGAGGUAAACUUGCGCCUUGCAAAGUCAGAGGCUAAGAUACUCCAUGAGAAGAUUAAGGGGAAGCAUUACAGUGAUGAUGAUGUAAUUAGAAUUGUGGCCACAAGGAGCAAAGCACAGGUCAAUGCAACAUUGAAUGAAUACAAGAAUGAGUUUGGUAGUGAUAUAAUCAAGGAUUUGGAACAUGACGAUGACAAUGAGUUCCUUCCUAUAUUAAAAGCCACUUUUGAGUGUUUGGUCUACCCUGAGAACUACUUUGAGAAAGUUCUUCGCGAAGCAAUCAACAAGAGGGGGACUGAUGAAGGUGCUCUCACCAGAAUUGUCGCUACAAGGGCCGAGGUCGACUUGAAGAUUGUCAAGGACCUUUAUCACAAGAGAAACAGUGUCCCUCUGCACCGUGCCAUUGUCAAGGACACACACGGAGAUUACGAGAAAAUGCUUGUUGCUCUGAUUGGUGAGGAUGAUGCUUGAAGAUCAAUAAUAAUCUAAUAGCAGUCAAGUUCUAUGCGCUUGUUAUUAGCGUUAUGCCUGUUAUCCCGCUUGAACAAGAACUUAGUUUGCCCUGUUCUUCAAUGUGGUGGUGUGAUUUGUUGAGCUUUGGUUUGCGAGUAUUCUGUCAUCAUCAAUAAUAUAACUUGUAUGUUCGGAUGCUGGAGAUUGAAGCUGUACUUGCACGUUUGUCCUCUUUGAUAAUAAUAAAAAAAUUUUGCAUCUA